AAUCGUAACCCGUCGGUGGCCGUGUACUACACUAACAGAGCGCUAUGCUACGUGAAGCUGCAGCAGUACGACAAAGCGCUGGCCGACUGUAAACACGCCCUCGAGCUCGACAGCCAAUCGGUGAAGGCCCACUUUUUCCUGGGCCAGUGUCAGCUGGAACUGGAGAAUUAUGAAGAGGCCAUCGGCAAUCUACAGAGAGCUUAUAACCUGGCGAAGGAACAGCGGUUGAAUUUUGGAGACGAUAUCCCAAGUGCUCUUCGCAUUGCCAAGAAGAAACGCUGGAACAGCAUAGAAGAGAAGCGAAUCAGCCAAGAAAACGAGCUGCACGCUUAUCUCAGCAAACUCAUCCUGGCCGAGAAAGAGAGAGAGCUAGACGACAGCGGGAAGCAGUCCGAGGACAGUCAGAACGGAGGCGAGAUCAGCAAGAUCAAAUCCAAACACGAUAAAUAUUUGAUGGACAUGGACGAGCUUUUCUCUCAAGUAGAUGAAAAGAGGAAGAAGCGAGAGAUCCCAGAUUACCUGUGUGGGAAGAUCAGCUUUGAGCUGAUGAGAGAGCCCUGCAUUACUCCCAGCGGCAUCACCUACGAUCGCAAGGACAUCGAGGAACAUCUACAGCGCGUUGGCCAUUUUGAUCCAGUGACCCGCAGCCCGCUGACCCAAGAUCAGCUGAUCCCCAAUCUGGCCAUGAAGGAGGUGAUCGAUGCUUUCAUCCAGGAGAACGGCUGGGUGGAGGACUACUGAACACACACACACACUCGAGCGGACCGCAGCGGUUUCCUCACACCCAAUCGAAUCCUCUCCUGUAUGUUCAUGCACUUUAAUCUGUGGAGCUUUGCUGUGGAGUAUCUCGCGCGCAGGAGUCACCUGACCCUCUUUCUCGCCGUCUUUCUACUGGCCUUCCUUACCAGACAGAAUAAUGGCCCCAUCCUGCAGGUUUUGUUCGGACACUUGCUUUCAAUCGGAAACAUUGACUGAUGUUUGCUGCACAUGAUGAUGCUGUAAUUUCCUCAUUGAAUGUUAAAAUAGCAACAUUAUUGAUGACACAUCACUAAUAAUCAUUCAGAGGAAACUUGCGCAGGUUGGCGUGUGUGUGUGUGUGUUUUUGAAUCUGUCACCUAUGAGAUCUAUAUGCAGAAUGAAUGCGAUAUAUGCGAGUGUAAAAAGUUCUAACGUAAGUAGAAUGUUUCUAAGAUGCUUCUCGAGCUGUGGGUUCUAGCAAGAUGCUGAUUUUUGUAACGAGCAUUAAAACAUAUAUUCAGACAUUCAUCCAUAUACCGGCUGCCAAUCAAUGAAACCGAACUGAGAAUCUGUGGCAUGCAGAUGUCGUCAUCAUCAUCAUUGUUAUGGUGUAUGAUACGUUUAGUCUCACUAUGUGCGUCUGUGCGUUAGAACGAGAGGUAAGGGAUUAUUUCACACUAUUGAUUUUGUCUUUCCCUUUGGACCUUUGGGGAGUUUUCUGUUUCCUGUCAUGAAC